GCUAGCGCAAACGCUACUCGGUAGUCAUGGGCAGAAGAUCCAACAGUGCCACUGCCUGCUGGUCCCUCUUACUACACCAACGCAACAUUCAUAUUUCACACGCUGCAGCACUGCAGGUGCACGUUUUGUCGCUAUAAUAUAAGUACGAAGACACUCUAGUCGUCGCUUCCUAGUUCCUGCCGCUGUCUGUGGAUAUCUAGUUAAAUUCUGUGGGAGGAUAAUAUUCUUAGCUAUCCGAAAAUCGUCUUUACCUUUUGCGAACUAACAGCAAACGCUAAACUAUACACCUGGCUCGACUGCUUUGACGUUGAACAAUCAUCUGCUUGCACACGAUCGUCGCGGUUGCGCAAUCCCGACCGCAAGUAAAUUCAGUCCUACUGCACCCGGAUUCCGCUGCACACGCGCGGUUUUUCGUCAAAGGAGGCCAGGAUCAAGGAUCUAUCGCACGAUUGUACCUGCUGCAGUCUGCAGACAGGAACUACAAGUACUACACGCUGUACAGUACGCUAGCCUCCGGCCUCCGUGAACGCUAUUGAUCCCUGUGAUUAAUUUUGUGCGUGACCUUAUCAGUACACCGCAUCGUCACCGCCGCUUACUCAUGCUCCUUGGUGCAGAAAACACGCCGAUCAAAACUAAACACAUUUCUCGGUGAAGCUCACCCGGCUUGUGAUGCUUACGUAUAAACAUAUUAUUUUACCGUGGACCAAUUAUCAACGAUGCCGGUAAAAAGCGCCUGCUUUAUCUGUCUUACGGAUAAUCAAAAUUUUUGUCUAAAUUAUUUUGCUACCACGCCACGGGAAACUUUAUUGGGAAUCAGCUGAUGUUCACGGACGAAUUAAGGAGAACGCUGGCACACUACAUUUUGGAUAGCAAAACACACAGGCGCGUUCCUACGCCAGCCGGGCUGAAUGGAUCCCGUUCUGGCUGAUUUUGUGGCGGGUACUCUGGGCGGUUGCGCUGGAGUCAUCGUCGGAUACCCGCUGGACACGGUGAAGGUGCGGCUGCAGACGCAGAGCGCGGCGGCGCCCCUGUACAAGGGCACCUACCACUGCCUCUCGACCAUCGUGCGCAACGAGUCGGCCUGGGGUCUGUACAAGGGCAUGAGCAGUCCGUUGUGCGGCGUCGCCGUCAUCAACGCCAUCGUCUUCGGCGUCUACGGCAACGCCAUGCGCUACCUGAACAACAACGCUUCGCUGACCAACCACUUCCUGGCCGGCAUGCUGGCCGGCGGCGUGCAGUCCCUCAUCUCCUGCCCCAUGGAGCUGGCCAAGACCAAGAUCCAGAUCCAGGGCAUCCUCGGCCCCGACCCCAUGGAGGCCAUCAAGAGCGGCUUCGCGGCGCACCAGAAGCCGCCGCUUUAUAAGUCGCCCUCCGACUGCCUGUGGCAGCUGUACCGCCAGCGCGGCCUGCGCGCCGUCUACCGCGGCUUCAACGCCACGCUCAGCCGCGAGCUGCCCGGCUUCGGCACCUACUUCUUCGCCUACGAGUACCUGGUGCGCCUGAUGACCCCGCCCUCCGAGGAGCCCGGCGGCCCACCCGGCGAGAUCGGCAUCGGCCGGCUGCUGCUGGCCGGCGGCCUGAGCGGCAUCAUCUCCUGGCUGGUCAGCUUCCCGCAGGACGUCGUCAAGUCCCGCUUCCAGGCCGACGACCAGUACCGCAGCGCCACGCACUGCGCCCUCCUCAGCUACCGCGAGGAGGGCCUCCGCGUCUUCGGCCGCGGCCUGUGGUCCACGGUGCUGCGCGCCUUCCCCACCAACGCCGCCACCUUGACCGUCGUCACGCUCUUCCUGCGCUACGUCAGCCAGCUCAACGACGAUAAACACCUGCAGGAGAUAUUCCUCUGACGAAGUACUGAAUUCACGCUGGUGACCUUUGCUGUCGCACUGAUGCAUUGUGAUACUGGUGAUAAAUAAAAUACGCUGAGUAACAUAUGACAGUUGCACUUUUGGUAAUGUAUCGACAACUGUUCAAUGAAAUCUUUAGCGCUCAACAGCUUUUAAUUCUUGUACCGUUUACAAUUGUGACUUGGAGCAGUUUUGGAUGCUGUAAAUACAUAACUGUUACGCAAAUUAAAAUUGUAGAAUG